AUGACCGGGGACAUCUUUAUUGACAUAGUGGACUCCGAUGUGGAGGCGGAAAGUGUAAAGAUGCUCCCGGGUGGCAGCGCGCUAAAUCAGGGCCGCCACUUGCACGCCCUGGGGACGCGAGUUCGUUUUUUUGGUGCCGUUGGGGAUGACACUCUGGGGCGAUCUCUGCUGCAUCAAGUUGCUGGGCAAGGAUUUCCGACAGAGACGAUCAAAAUGUUCAGCAGUCUGCCAUCUGCGGUGUGCGUCGUCCUUUCUGGACCGGUUGAUCGCGCCUUCGUCUCUUGCUAUUCUACAAAUGAUGCCUUCACCACGCGUGACCUCCACGAGCAGGCCAGUGAAUUGGAAGCAUGCAGUCAUUUCCAUUGGGGUGGCUACUUCAAUAUGAAAGGUUUGCAGAGCCAAGAUUUCACCAAUUUCAUUCGAAGCUGCAGAGCCAACGGCAUGACUAUUUCCAUGAACACACAGUGUGAUGCAGCUGGACACUGGUGUGGUGAAGGGAACCAUUUGGAGGAGUUCCUUCCGCUCGUGGACCUGCUCUUCGUGAAUAUCUCUGAAGGUGAGCACCUUUGCGCUGCGCUAUGCCAUGACGGAGAUCACUCCAUGAGCGCAUUGUGCAAGAGAUAUCCAACUGUCACAUUUGCCAGAUGCUUGGUAUGGGAAGUCGCACAGGGCCGCACGUCAGCGUGGAGUGAUCCAAGACAAGCACAUGCAAGGUGGUCACACAAGGAGAGCAUGGUUGCACUGUUUAUCGUCAGGGUAUGCACCCCAUAUAUGUGCCAACCAAGCCAGCCACUCGCAUCGUGGAUGUCACAGGCUGUGGCGAUGCUUUCAUCGCCGGCUUCCUAUCUUCUUGGCUGGCACACGGGGCAAAGCCUAACACCAACGCCGAGCACAAGGCCCUGCUCGAGGCAUGCGCCAAAGGCCAUGCCGUGGCCGGCAUAUGCAUAG